UUUUUGACUUGUUGAGUUGAAGAAACAACUUGUUGCUCUCCGGUUGUACUUUGUAGUUACUCUAAGUUAAGUGAAACUUUCGUUUUAUUUUCUCAUCAAUACAAUUUGAACUUUUUUGGAUUAAUUAAUUUUCUUCUUUAUGGAUUAAUGUGAUUAGUGUGACAUUUUCUUGUGAUUAGAUGUGAUAGAAAAAGGAUUAACAUCAACAACAUUUAUUUGUGUUACACUUUGAGUGGCCAUUUUUGUUCAAAGAUGUGGUUUCCCGGGAAUAAACAAAGGAAUACAAAGUAUUCGUUAUUAACUAAUCACUUUUUUCACCUAUUUGUCAAUCUAUUUUUUCUACAAUUAAUCCAAUGUCUACCAGAAUCAGAUAAAUUACUCGUUCAAAGGGUUAAAACAACGGUAAACACCAUCUCCCUUCAAUGGCAGGCACCCAAAAAGAUCGCGAUCACCAAUGGCCUGAGGCCACCACUCAUGAUGGUCUAUCAUUAUUUACUCGCUAAUGGUUCUGAACCACUCAACAGUCAUAACAUACCAUGGAGCUCAAAAGGAGUAAAGAUUGGUUUGUCUUCCGAUCAAUCAACGGGAUCAGCGAUCAUUGAAAACCUGAGACCAAACAGCAAAUACUUGGUUAAAGUGGAAGACGAUAAAAUGAAUGAAACCCUAAUCGUGGAGACUAAAGAUGGUUGUUUCCAUAAUUCAUCAAUCUACAAUGUUGGUGAUCGAUUCAAUAUUUCCUGUGAUCAAAAUUGUACCUGUCAAAUUAAUUCAACAAUUAAAUGUGUUGAUAGAUGCUCACAAUCAACUAAAUCAAAGUUAAUUGGUGAUCCAAAUUGUAAACAAAAACCUGAUCCCUUAGAUCCUGAAUGUUGUUUCAUCUAUCAAUGUGAAGAUGAAUUAAAGCCAACAAUUGAAGCUCGACCGAAGGUUCUGAUAACAAGUAGCACUCGAACCUCAAUCGCCAUUGCCUGGGAUGAUUUCAAGUUACCUAAUUAUGAAUCGGGCUACGUGAUUGAAUAUAAACUUGUUAAUGACACUUUAUCAAAUUCUGCCAAUGAUACAACAAAUUCUGAUGGUAAUUGGAUUCAAGUUCAGGGUAAUAAUACACCUUUUUGGACAUUGGAAGGAUUAAGACCUGGAUUAAGUUAUUUGAUUCGAAUCAGCCUCUGGGAAUAUCCAUUCGAUGAGAACAAUAAGAAAAUUGAUUCCUCCGAUCAUUCUGAGAUGAUAACUGCUACUACUGAAGAUGGUUGCAUGAAUAAGGAUAAUGUUACUUUCCCGGUGGGCAAGGAAAUAACCCAUGGAUGCCAAUGGAGAUGCACUUGUCAAUCGGGUGACAAUUGGUUCUGUAAAGCCGUUUGUUUAGAACCUUUAAUCCUCAUUGGUAGUAACAUAGAUCCAUCUUGUAGUGAGGCUGCUGUUGACGAUUGUUGUUCAACCAUUACCUGUAUUGAAACUCGAAGUGAUCCACCUCCGUCGGUAACCACUAAUUCAUCUGAAGAGACAACAUACUCAUCUCCAACUUUAUCUUCUAUGUCAUCACCAUCACCCUCUUCUACCUCGACUUUGGCUCCAUCCGUAUCUUCAUCUUCAUCGUCACCGUCAAUAUCUUCAUCUACUCCAUCAUCUUCAGGAUCGACAGAAUUAACAUUCUCAGAUAAACCAGGAUAUUGUUACGAACCAACCAAGAUUCGUAGUGAUUCUGGCAUUUGUCUCGAAGAGUGUCAACAUGAUUAUCAUUGUCGUGGUUUGGACAAAUGUUGUCCAACCUCUUGUGGUGGCUCCGUUUGCUCUGAAGUAAACACUGGAUCUCCGCCAUCAUCUAAACGCUGUGAAACUAUUACUUGCGGUCAAAAUGCUUUAUGUCUUGAUACCCGAAGUGACCAAGAACCACCAAAAUGUGCCUGUAAACCAGGAUAUCGAGGAGAUCCUUUCGAUUCAGUAAAUGGUUGCCGAAAGUCUAAUGGUCGAUCAAAUUUGAUCUGCGAAUACAAGAAUUCAACCUAUGGACCCGGUGAAGAGUUUUUCGAUGGCUGCGAAUUCAAAUGCGUUUGUUCAGAAGCAUUAGAAGUUGAAUGUAAUCCACGAUGUCCGUUUAUCGGCUCAGAAGAACCAGUGACAACCGUUGACCCUUUAUGCACCAUCAUUCAAGAUCCAAAAGAUUCUUGUUGUAAAACAAUGGCCUGUGAAUCGAAACCAGUUGAUGUGGUCAAAGUGAAUUCAUCAUCGCUUUUCAAUAGUGACAAUGACAACGAAAAUGGUGACAUUGAAACUAUUCCAGUGGAUGGACCUUUAUCAGUAUCUGGUUGCCGUUAUGAAAACAUCACUUAUCAACCCGGUGAAUCUUUUGUCAAUGGAUGUGAAUCUCGGUGUAUUUGUAAGGAGGGAAAUCGCUUACAGUGUGCACCUCGCUGUCCCGUAUUCCAUGGUUAUAAUCAGAAACUUUGCUCGCUCAUUCCCGAUCCAGACGAUCCUGAAUGUUGUAAGAUCGCUGUUUGUAACACGGAAAAACUGUCCCCAUCUCCAGCAAUUAAAAAGAUGGAACCAUUUGAACUGUUCAUUGAUUCAGCGACUGUAACCAAUUCAUCUCACAUGGUUCUUAGGUUAAUUAUUCCCAAUUCUAUUCAUCAUAAAGCUAAACAUGUUUUCUCAAUUCGAUACUCGAAAGUUGAUACGGAAAUGAUCUCAUCGUCACCUUCGCCCAUUGAAAUGUCUUCUAAUCGAGCCUGGUCAUCGGUUGAAGUAUCGGAAGAUGAUCUGAAACUCUUGGAACCAGGAAUGUUUGAAAUAGAUUUCAAUGGUCUAUCUCCUAACACUGAUUAUUUCGUAGAGGUUAAAGAGGUUAGAUCAAACUCGACCUCGAACACAGUUUUUAUUAAAACUUUCCCAGUUGGUGUUGACUCUUCAUUCAAUGGGUGCUUUUUCAAUAAUAAAGCUUAUCAAGUGGGCGAUGAAUUUUAUGAUGGAUGUGACUAUAAAUGUCGCUGUGAAAAGGGGGGAACUCGAGCUUGUGAUGAUCGUUGUCCAAUUUAUAUCGACACGAUUGGAUUUGAAGAGUGUGAAUGGAUCGCAUCGCCAGAAGAUCCUUGUUGCAAGAUUCCCGAUUGUUCAAAGAAAACUGAGAAAUAUGAUGAGCCACCUAAGAGUCCGAUAGAUAAUAACAGUAAUGAGCCUAGUGUUAAUUCACCAUCAACACCGACGUCGGAAACUUCGUCACCAGUAAAUCCACCACCAUCUCUACCUGGUUCAGUUGAACCGUUUUGUCUUGGAAAGGAUAAUAGUCUUCACUUUAUUGGUGAAGCUUGGGAUGAGUCUGGACCCGGUGGGUGUCUCAAACAAACUUGUCGAUGUGUUCAACGUGCAAAUGGUACAACAACAACCCAAUGUCAUGGCGGUUGCCCUCCAAUACCUUCUAAUGCCAUUAAACCCACCCCAAGUUGCCCCAAGCCUCAUAUCGUUAACCCAAGUGAUGCCUGUCUUUGUCCAUACUUAAUUUGUGACCAUUCAGUUGAUGAACCUGAGCGAUUACCUUCAAAAGAUCAACAAAAUCAAUCCUCAUCACCAGCACCACCAACUACAACCCCAACAGUCUCUACCACCACCAUGCAUCUUCCUGAUCGUUCAGCUUAUCCCAAUGCUGAAAGUUUCCCUGGUCUUUGCUUGUACAAAGGUCAAAAGAUUCCUAUUGGUAAAUUCAACGACGGCUGUCAAUCGGUUUGUGAAUGUUUGCCCACCGGCAAAGUUUCAUGUGCUCCCUUGAACUGUCCUCAGUUCUUUGACACUCCGAAUGAAGAAUGUCUUGAUUGGGAAUUGGAUCCUAAUUUCAUUCCCUCUCCUCCAAAUUGUUGUCCACGUCCGACCUGUAAAAACGACGGUUCUUGUAUCUUUGCUGGCCUGCGAUUCCCGAAUUUCAAACCAAUUCCUAGUGAACUCCUUCCUUGUGGCACUCGAUGUGUUUGCAUGAAUUCAAAUGUAACCUGUGAGAAUCGAUGUCCACUAAUUCCCGAUACUCCACCGACUAAUCUUCCUUGUCCACCUCCAUUGGCUUAUCGAGGACAUUUGCCCGGUGAAGAUUGUUGUCUUCAUUGGAUGUGUCGUGAUACAGAGAGAGCAGCUUUUUGUCUACACAAUGGGAAUCGUUACAAAGUAGGUGAUCAAUGGGAAGAUGUAAACGCGGGUGAUAUUCUUGGUCCAAGACGAAGAUGUCAAUGUAAACCUACUCCGCCCUUGGGAAAACCACAAGUUGAUUGUUUUGCUGGAGUUUGUCCCAAAAUCACUGAACGACAUUUGAAGCCAUCAGCUGAAUGUCCUCUUCCUAUUCUAAUAUCACCUGAAGAUCCAAUUCUUUGUCCAUAUGUAAUUUGUAAUUACUCAGAAGAAACUGGUAAAGAAUUGGAAAAUGUGAGUGUUGUUGCCAUGAAUAACUCGGCAGUUAGGAUACGAUUUACUCUUCCAUCUCUAUUUGUUGGUCUUAUUGGACAUGCUGAGGUCCAUUUCACCGUCGAUCCAACGACACCUCGACACCAAUGGAACGUUCAAAAGUUUGCUCGACCUAAGCGACUGUUUGAUACUGCGAACAUUGAAUAUCACUUAGGUGGCCUUAAAUCGGACACAACUUAUUACUUCCAAGUCCGAAUUCUGAUUGAAGCUCUUCAUUCUGGACCUGAGAGUCAAGUUUACAAAUUAUACUUACCAGCUCCAGGAUCUUCGGUUUCAGGAUCACAUGGAUAUCCACUUACAAGUUCAACUUUAAUUGGCUCUCAUUCAUCUGUCUCAUCAUCUGCUCCCCUUUCCUCGAUAUCUCCCACAACUUCAUCGACUUUACCUCCACAAGUGACUAUGGAUGUUAAUCUGAAAGCACUUGCGAUCGAUGGAACCAGUGUUAGAUUAUCGUGGAGAAAUUUAGAUCAACAAGAAAAAUCUCUGAUCGAUGGAAUAACAAUUAAAUAUCGUUUGACCAGUGAUCCUUUCGAUAAAUGGACAGUUACUCCGAUGAUUCACCGAGAUGUAAACGAAUACACGUUACGUGACCUGCGAAGUGGAGCAACUUACGUUAUUGAUCUGAUUCUUCGUCCAUCUCAAGGAUUAACAAGCCAACUACUUUCGGCUAAACCAGUUACCAUAGAAAUGCCUUCGAGACCUCGAAAUGAUUUUGAUUUCUCACCGUCAGUCGACGUGACCCCUGAAUCUUAUCGGACCAUGAUGAAACUUCGAGGUCUUCCAAGACCAACUGAUAAAUAUGUUAACGUUGUAAAAGUCAAUUUCCGAGAGGCGAAUUCAGAAGGACUAGAAAACAAAAUGGUUCAUAUGUUCAAAACACCAUCAGAAGAUGGAACCAUAAUCGUCGAUGGACUAAGUCCAAACAACAGGUACAAAGCUUGGAUUGACCUUUACCUCGCCAAUGGUGCGACAAUUUCAACGGACACUGUCACUUUCCAUACGAAAGAUGAAAAAUUAUCAAAUGUAAUUCCAGAGAAUCGAGAUGAUGAUCCUUCAGCCAAUGAAGCCGAAGCUCUCAAAGAAAGCAGCACCGGUGACGCAAUUAAGCCUUAUUACAUCGCGCUAAUGAUUGUCGCUGUUUUCGCCAUAAUAACGGGCAUCGGAUUCGUUACCUUACUUUGUGUCCUAAUGAAAACCAAAACUUGUGCCAAAGCAGCAAUUACAAGAGCUUCAUCAGAAGCAGCUUAUGAUAAUCCAACAUAUAAGACCUACGAUGAUGAAAAGCCUGGAGAGGAGCAAUUAAAGAAUGGAUCUGCAUAGAUAAUUGUUUAGUUUUCUUCUAAUUUUCAUCUUGAUCACAUCUUAAAUCAUCAACAAUUAAUCGUAAACUGAGAAAGUUAUUCAUGUUAAAAUCAAAUUCGAUUCAAUUAUAAUUAUAAUCGAAGCAAUUUUUUUGAAACUUAAUCUCAAUUCAUCUUGAACAUUAUCAUUUAUGGAUCUCUUAAUUUUCCUCAGCAUCAAAAAUCAAUCUAAUCAAUGUCCUUUUCUUCAUUGAUUUAAUUAAUCAUCGCCUCAUCUUCACUAUCAUCAUCUUUUAAAUUACUGCUCAUCUCUUUUGAUUUAAUUGUAAACACAUCAUCAGUUGAUAUCAUCAAACAAAUUGACAUUCACCAAAAGUGCUUUACUUCAUCAUUUCCGCAUCCGAUGAUGAUAAUUAGUCUUAUCAAAUAAUUUUCGUCAUCUUGAUAACUUCAUCUUUCUCAGUUGACAUUAUUUUGUAACAUUAUUUCAUUGAAUAUAUAAUUAUUUUAACAACUUUCAAUUAUUAAUAUUUCUUAUUGACAAUUAGUCUCUUAAAACCCCUUGUAAUACAAUCAGAAACUUUUCCAAUCCCAAAACUUUUGUAAUACAAUUAAUGUCAAAAUCUACUAAUUACCAAUCAGAUCAAUUCUAAUUAUAGUGGAUUAAUCCAAUUUCAUGCAAAAAAAAUCCUGCCAUCGCCUUCAUCAGAUCAACUUUACAAUUAAGAAAACAAAAAACACGAACAGAAAUUAAUUAAUUGUAUUUUUGUGUCCAUUCUGUAAAUAAAUUAUGAUUAAAGAGUCUCCUCUUUAAUUUCUAUCAAUAUAA